GUCUCAUGCUGAGUUGGAAGCCAAAGAAGAAAAACGUUUUAAGACGAGUUGCUUGCUUUUAUAUAGAUCGAUCGGUAGCGAGAUAGAUAUUCUGACAUUUGAAGAGAAUUAUUUCUUGAUGGUCCCUAAGGAGUAAAGCCAGGCGGUGCAGGCGCCGCGCGUUCCCGUGACAACUCCGCGGGUAACUUCAAUCAGCGUGCAGUGGCAGCAGCAACCAGGUCGCGAGUGAUGGCGGCUCGGGGGCCCCAUUGGUGACCUUACGUUGGCCUCGAAUGAGAUGGACAAGUACAAGUGGUGCGGCUGCCUGGCGUGCGCGCUGCUGUGCGCCUCGGUUCUGCUGUGCGUGUGCGUGGCCACUCUGCUGACCGCGCCGUGCUCCGGCGGCUUCCGGCACGCCGCCGUGGCCGCGGACUCGCUGCUUUGCUCGCGGGUUGGCAAGGACGUCCUGCAGCAAGGCGGCUCGGCAGUAGACGGCGCCAUCGCGGCCCUCCUGUGCACCGCCGUGGUCUACCCACAGAGUAUGGGGCUCGGCGGAGGCUCUGUCGUAACAGUCAGAAAUAAAACAGGUAAGGUGACGGUCUACAACUUCAGAGAGACUGUCCCUCGCAAGUUUAAGAGCAACCUGUUGGAUGAUUGUUCGGAAUCAUUCAAACAUACGCCAGGUAGUCAGUGGAUCGGCGUUCCCGGUGAGCUGCGGGGCUACGAGGAGCUUCACAAGCGCUACGGCAAGCUGUCGUGGUCCAAGCUCUUCGAGGAGCCCAUAAAGCUGGCCAGGGAGGGCAUCGCGGUGCCUCCUCAUCUGGGGAAGAUUCUUGGCAUGCCCGCCGUGAAAAGCAGAGUGGAACGUUCGUCCCUCUGUGACAUUUUUUGCAACAACAACAAGAGUGUUCUUAGGACAGGAGACAUCCUGAAGUUUCCUCAACUUGCCGAGAGCCUGCAGAUGAUUGCCAAGAAAGGAGCAGACGCUUUCUACACUGGCGAGAUUGCUUGGGAUUUAAUUCACGAUGUCAAAAAAGCAGGUGGGACAUUAGAAAUGGAGGAUCUGAGGUCCUACCGGGUGAGAGCGGUGGAUGCAUGGACAGUUCUUCUGGGGGACACGCUGAUGCACAUUCCUCCACCGCCUGCUGGGGGCGCCCUGCUUGCCUUUAUCCUCAAGAUCAUGCAAGGGUUCUCUUUGACACCACAUUCCCUGAAAGGGGAAGGAAAAAUUCAGUUUUACCAUCAUUAUAUUGAGGCGGUCAAAUUUGCUAACGGCCAGCGAAGGAGCAUUCGUGAUCCUUUGUUCAACAGCGAGACGGGUGCGGAACAUCUGAUGGAUCCCACCUUCAUCGGUCACAUCAGGACAAUGAUUUCUUCCAAUGGCACCCACCCGCCAUCGUACUACUCCAACGUCAAGCCGCCGCCCGAUCACACCGGAACGUCACAAGUGUCCGUGCUGGAUGAAGACGGACUGGCCGUCUCUGCCACCAGCACCAUAAACCAUUUGUUCGGAGGAGGCAUUUACUCCCCACGGACGGGCAUCAUCCUGAAUAAUGAGCUGGCUGACUUCUGUGGGAGAGCAGACACACUGAAGACUGGUAAGAUCCACCUUCAUCUUUGUGCGGACAUGAACGGGCCGACAGUUUUGAUUGUAAUGGUUGUUUCAGGUGAGCAGCCUCCCUCCUCAAUGACGCCAGCUAUACUAGAGUCCAAGUCUGGAGGACUUCUUGUGAUUGGCGGAGCAGGGGGAAGCAUGAUCACCGGCGCAGUGGCCUUGUCUGUAAUAAAUCACUUGUGGCUGGGAAUGAGUCUGAAAGCAGCAAUCGAGGCUCCCAUCGUGUAUGUUGACUCCAAGAACAAUGUGAAUUUUCCACCCGGUUUUGACCAGGUUGUCAUCGACGGCCUCAGAGCUCUCGGGCACCAGGUUGGGCAAAUGCAGUAUUUUUUCAACAUAGUGAAUGCAGUGGAGAAGGAGGAGGGAUGCAUUGUGGCCGAAUCAGACAUGAGGAAGAAGGGGAUGGCGGACGGAUACUGACUUGAACAUUAUUCACAAAAUUUUAAGACUCUCUUUUAACUUGGUGAAAAAUGAAAAAGUGAGCUUUCUGGUGUCUUCUUCAUGGGGGGGAAAAAAAUCUCAUUGAUGGUUUGCAUAUGUAUAAACUGUUGCUUUACGAAAUGACUUUUCAAAAUGUUCUAUUAUCAUUUGUUUUUUUUUAAAUGAGUUAUUUUUCAUUAUCUUUUUUUAUUUACUGGAAUUUAGGGCCAGGGGAUACAUUGAAUUUAAUGCUGAACAACCAAUUAAGCUACAGACAUGAUUUAUUCAUAAAAGGAAAAACAUGAUUUUACAGGAAAGAAA